AUGAACAUCUGCUCCAUUCUGGAACGAAGGCAGCUCGAGGCGGCCGUGCCCGGCUGCCAGAUCGAAUGGAUUGUGGACGAUGAUGGAGACAGCUUCGCAGAUGGAGAUGACGCGGGGGAGCUUGUAAAUGUUGUAGAGUUGAUUGAGGGCGAUGACGAGGACGGAGAGACGACGGAUGGAGGUGCAUCGAUGAUGUGGCCAUUCCCUUCGUCGCAGCAGCUGAAGAGGAAGCGAGAGAAGGUGGGCAGCGGAAGCGGAAGCAGCAGCAGCGAUGGUGAAGAGCAGCACCAAAAGCAGCAGCUGAACGAUGCCAAGCGAGCACGACUGGAGGACGUCGAGAAGCCGCAGCUCUUCAACAUGUGGCUCAAGAUGAAGAAGGAACGGCGGCACGAUCGAAAGCUGCAGGAUCUGGUCGAUGCGUUCGUCCUGCCCGAAGAUCUCUACCAGCACUUCAAGGAGUUCGUGCCUCCGGCCGGUGCCGACGCCGACGCCGUCUUCAUGCGACGGCUCCAGUACGAACGCGAAUGCGCUGAGCGAGCCCUCAACCGAUGCAAGGUGCGCUCGUGGCUGCUGCGUCGAUCGUCGCUCAAUCGAAGGUCCAUCGUGCUACGCGUGCCGUUCGAGCUCGGCCUGGGCGAUCGGCUCCAGUUUGGCGCCGCGGCCGCCAACGAUGCGCAACUGGAGAUCACGCCGACGUUCUACAGCACCUCGUUCAUUGCGGUUCUCGAUCGCCUGCUGGAGACCGAGGAUCUGCGGCCAGACCGCAUGGUGCACGGCUACCUCUCCACCCGAUGCUGA